UACAAUAUUGUCAAUAUUAAACUGGUCCGCCAUGCCGAAAAGCUUGGGGGCACCUGAGUUAAGGCACAUUGAGAUAGCUGACUUGAACCUCAGCACUUUGAGCACUUUUCUACCUGGAGGGCUCUUACUCAUGCCAUAUCUCAUCUCAGACAUAUUGCAUGCCUUUUCAAGAAGACCUGAGAAGAUUCUACAGGGAGCGGCAAGGGAUGUCAUCAUUGUGAGACACCAUACACAGUGGAGGAACUCAGUCAGAGCAAAGAUGUCAUCAUUGUGAGACACCAUACACAGUGGAGGAACUCAGUCAGAGCAAAGAUGUCAUCAUUGUGAGACACCAUGCACAGUGGAGGAACUCAGUCAGAGCAAAAAUGUCAUCAUUCAAUCUGUGCAGCAGGAAACUUAUGCUGAAGAAAUGGAAUGUAUCAGGAUCCAAAGAGAUAUCUCUAAGGACAGUCCUCUGAGGAUGCUAGAUCCAUUUAUUGGUGAGGACAGCCUAUUAAGAGUCGGUGGACGUGUACAGGAAUCAUAGUUGGGACAUGGAGAAGAGGCCCCUAAUCAUUCCCAAAUGGCAUCAUGUUACAUUACUCCUUGUGCAACAUUACCAUGUGGAGUCACAACAUCAAGGACGCCAUUUUGCUGAAGGCACUGUCCGCUCAGCUGGUUACUGGAUUGUGGGUGCCUAAAGGUGUGUAAGCAGUUUCAUCUUCAAGUGCAUCACCUGCCGUAAGCUUUGGGGGACAUGAGAAGUCCAAAAAAUGGCUGACUUACCUCCUGAUAGACUCAGCAUGGAACCGCCUUUCACGUAUGUUGGUGUUGAUGUAUUUGGACCGUGGACCAUCUCUGCACGCUAUACAAGGGGUGGCCACGCCGAAAGUAAAAGAUGGGCAGUUUUAUUUACCUGUUUAAGCAGCAGAGCCAUCCACCUCGAGAUCAUAGAGUCAAUGGACAGCUCAAGUUUUAUAAAUGCCCUGAGAAGGUUCCUGGGGAUCCGUGGGCCAGUCAAGCAAAUCCGUUCUGACUGGGGAACGAACUUCAUCAGAGCGUGCAAAGAUCUAGGAAUCUCUUCCAAUGUUGACAAAGAUGUGGUGAAGAGGUAUCUUUCGGAAAAGGGAUGUACCUGGACAUUCAAUUCGCCUCAUUCCUCCCAUAUGGGAGGGGCAAGGGAGAGAAUGAUCAGCAUCACCCGCAAAAUCCUGGACUCCAUGCUUCUCCAGUCAGGGCUUUGUAGACUCACUCAUGAGGUGCUCACCACCUUUAUGGCCGCGGUGAUGGCCAUUGUGAACAAUAGACCUCUCGUGUCCGUGUCUACGGAUGCAGAAGAUCCAUUCAUUCUCACUCCUGCCACGCUGCUCACACAGAAAAGCAGCCCUUAUCCCAUUCCUCCAGGUGAGUUCGACAGCAAGGACCUGUACAAGAGACAGUGGCGGCAGGUGCAAAGCCUUGCCAGUACCUUCUGGGACAGGUGGCGCAAACAAUACUUGUCUAACUUGCAGUAACGAGGAAGUGGACAUCCAGAAGGCCAAACAUCAUACCAGGAUCUGUGGUGCUCAUGAGGGAUUGUCAAUCCAAGAGAAGUGACCGGCCUUUAGGAGUCAUAACUCAGGUAUUUCCCAGCAAGGACGGAAGAGUCCGUAAGGUUAAGGUGAAGAUCAACAGAUGUGAUGGAACAAAGCUAUUACUCAGGCCUGUGGCUGAAGUGAUCCUGCUGCUCUCCCCUGAGGAUUAGGAAUGAGGGACUUCCUCAUUUAGAGGUGAACUGUGAAAGUGUUAAAUUGUGGUAUCUAGGGAUACCAGGCAGAGAGUGUGCUGCCUUAAGUCAGUUAUUUUAUUUGUCAUUUAGCACCCUUUGCUGGUGGUUUUGUAUUACAGUCAUUUAGGUCAUGUGAUCUGUGUCUCUAGUUGAUGACAUCAUCAGUAGGCGUCGAGACAGUUCUCCAUGUAGAGUUGAGGGAGAGCUUGUGCCUUUUCAUCUGACAUCAUCCUGACGUUCAGGUCUUUGAAAUCAUUGUCGGUUAUGUAAAAGUAAUCUUUGUGUUUACUAUUUAUUGAUGUAUAUGCAUAUUUCCACAAAUCAGAGAUAUUUGAAUGGUUUGUGUGCAGAUGGAAUAUUCAUGUGAGCCACGCGUUCCGGCUAACCUGUAGUGAGAAAAUGUGCAUAAGAUACAUUGUACAUAGCAACAUCUUGCUUACCAGUAGCCUAUCUUGAUGAUAUAUUUGAAACUUAUUUGUAUACAGUAUCUUGUGUAUUAUUUUGUAUCAUUUGUGGUAUACUUAAUGCUUGC